ACACGUGUGAAUAAACCGUUACGAGUUUGGCGCCUCUUAUCAUACGGAGGUUGAGCGUCGUUACAAGCGCGUCUUCUCAAGCGUCUCAGCAUUCUCGGAGUAAGCAUGAGAACCAUAUUCGUGUUGCUGUGUCUUCUCCCUUUAUGUACCAUCGUCGUCGAAUCGCAAGAUUGUAGAGAUAAGGAUCGGCGCUGCCCAAUCGUGGCCAAGAAGGGCUUCUGUAACAAGUUCAAGCUCUUGAACCUCUGCUACAGUUCCUGUGGAAUGUGUUGCCAAGACUAUGACGCACAGAGAUGUGAUCAGAUAAGGAGGCGGGGCACCUGCGCAGCCGAGUCGAAGUUUGCAGACAAUAAAUGCCUCAAGAGCUGCAACAAGUGCAAGUCAGAUUGUCGACCUUGCACAGACGCGCAGUACAGUCUUCAUUACAAGAUAGAGGGUUUCCGAGUCCGCGCAGAGGUUGGUACGUUCCACCGCUGGCCGAAACUCGCGGUCGCUCUCAAAGAGGAUCUCGGGAAGCUGAAGAAGGUUGUUCCCCGUCCUGCGGCGUUGAGGCUUCAGCAUCUGUCAGGGAUAUACGUGAGCAAGCUCAAGGUUUGCAAUACGUACCCAACAUGCAAUGACCCCACUGUGGCCGACUCGUAUCACGUGUCACGCAGGUGGCUAGCGAUGAACCACGAUGCACCAGAGAAAGCUGGUUUUGUCGACAUGAUGAACCCAGGAGAAUACCUUGUCAGACGAAGCAAUGUAGAAAAGUACAACCUGCUUCAUGAGUUUUUCCACGCGUGGUUUGAUAUCAGAAGACGUGCGGCGAUCGCAGGAGACAAAGCAAGUGACCUCAAGGUUGAAGAAGUCAAAGCGGCAUGGAGGGCAGCAAGAAUGAAUCCAAGAUAUCAAAGGGUGAGUUACGCAGCUGGUGGUCACCGCGUGGCGUAUGCCCUCACGUCUGAAUGGGAAUACAUGGGAGAGCUGAGCGAAGCGUUCUUUGCCGAAGGCAAGGACCGCAAUGAUUACUAUCCCUACAACCGAAAGGACCUGAAGGAAUUUGACCCACAAGGUUACAGAGCUAUCCAUGGGAUCUGGGGUCCACCUUAUCCCAGCAAAGUGGCGACAGCCGGGACUGGCGCCUGAGACACCCAACAACACAUCACCUAAUUUGUUAGACAUAGAUAUUCUGAGACACCCAACAACACAUCACCUAUUUGUUAGACACAGAUAUACAUUUGAUCUCUAUUUGAUUUGCCUGUGACAACUAGUGCAAAAAGCAUUUCAAAAUUUCUCGUGAAAUUGUUAAUUUUUGGAGAAAGUUAGAUAACAGAUUUUGUUCAACCCGUGCCCUAAAUCCAUAGAGCACUCUCAGCCAUUGUCUAACCAUUAUUUUAUUUUGCCCUUAUUUCUAUUACAAACAAAACUCGCCGAUAGAAGCCCCUGUCAGACCUGUGCUCCCGGGGGGACUUCGUGAAAAACAGACGGGGGUGCUCGACAGCAAAAUGAAUUUUAAAUCUGAGGGAUAGCAAUAAGGGCGUGGUCAACAACAAUUCCACACCUACAUUGGGUGUGGUCGAAGGAGUUUUUAACCCUAAGAGAUAGCAUUAAAAAACAAAGAUUAGUUUCAGAUACCUAGAUGCUGUGAUUUCUCCUGUUAACUGUCAAGCAAUUUGUUUGACUUUUCCUAUUUAGCACGCUCGAACAAUUGCCGUUUUAAUUUGCUGACUGAUCCUGUAUUUUUGUGUUGCCGACAAUAAAGCCGUUAAAUUUU